CUAUAGAGACCUCACAUUUGACUACCAAUUUUGUGUUUACGCCCCCCCCCCUCCGCCACCCCCAAGUGAUUAAUUGUACACAAGGUUAAGUUGUCAUCUUUCUCACUGUCUGUGUGAGCCGUGGGAGGGUUUUCGAGAGGAUGUGGAGAGGCGACUCUUGUUUUCAGUGUUGAAAGAUGAAGCAUCUGCUGAGCUGUCUGCUUCUUGCCUCCCACUGCGCUCUCUCAUCACGGAGUAAGUCAAAGCAAAUUUGAAAUGAAGACGUGGAACCUGCCUCAUGAUUGAUGAGCACCACGCUCCACUCAGAUUUGUAUUUAUUUUUUCCAAGUCUACGAUCUGAUCAUGUCUUGGAUGCCUGCAGGUCUGCGUGUGAGCCAGAGUGCUGACAUUGACGUCUUUGAGGGUCAGCUGGUCAACAUCAGAUGCUGUUGGUCAGGCAACUUCUCCAGAGUCAAAGUCAAGUGGCUGAUCAACACAACCGUUCAUGCGGAAUCCCUCUACCCACACCAAUUUUGCCAGCCGACUCUGCAAAGAAGUGCUGAGAAGUGUGUGUGCCUAGAAUGGACCAACAUCACAAAAGCGGACUCGGCCACGUACGUGUGCCGGGUCUUUGUGGACAUUCCGUCUCUGAUGGAGAAGAGCGGAAACGGUACAGUCAUAAGAGUAACACGCCAAAGGUCAAAUGACAAUGCAGAAGGAGGAGAGUCCAGAAGUGCUCUUUGGGUUCCACUCGGGAUUUCCUUGGCUUGUGUGUUUUUGUUGCUGCUCCUGGCAUCCGCCUGCGUCUACAAACUCAAACAAACAAAAGGAGUCAGUCGGGUAAUUUACGAAAGCCCCCACUUGGACUCGGACAACGCCGUCAUGGAUAAACACAGCAGCGGCAGCUCCUCCACAGGCUCGGCCCAGUGGUGUCAGGUGGUUGUGUACGAAUCUGUUGAUUACUUUGAGCAUGUGGAGAUGACGGAAAGUGGCUGAAAACGAAGAUCCGAAGAUUUGGUGAUGACUACUGCAUAUAUUGUAUGUAGAGAAUGUCCCCAUGGCUUCACCUUUGCUGCUUGUAUUUUAUCUAAAUCAGUGGUUGGCAAACUUAAAUACUCAAAGAGCCAUUUGAAUAUAUCGAUCUAGCUAACCAUCCAACCAAUUUAACUCGCUUGCUGUCUACCUUAUAUCUUAUCUAUUUGAACUUGUAUUAAAUUGCAUUAAAUGUUCCGUGUUCUUUAAAAAUUCUUGGAUUUAACAUUUAACACUUGGAUAUGCCUACCAAGGGUCAAAUAAAGCUCAAUAAAUCUUGGCGCCAGCUAUCACACGCACACACGCAUUUGCACACACGCGCACA